AUGCUCCGCUCCACCAAAGGCGCCUCCAAGGCGCGGCGGGACCAGAUCAACGCCGAGAUCCGCGCCCUGCGCGACCUCCUGCCGCUGCCCGAGGGCGACCGGCCCCGCCUCUCCUACCUGCACGUCAUGGCCCUCGCCUGCAUCUACACCCGCAAGGGAGCCUGCCCGGCACGGGGAGCACCCAUGGAGCUGCUGGGGGGUCCGGAGCUCGCCGACCUCGUGGCGUCGCUGCCCGGGUUCCUGCUGGCCGUCACCCGCGAGGGGAAGCUGGUUGGCGUCACCGACAACGUCGCGCAGCACCUGGGGCACUCCAUGGUGGACCUGGUGGCGCAGGGCGACAGCAUCUAUGACCUGCUGGAUCCGGCCGAUCACCCUCUGGUGCGACAUCAGCUCACCCUGCCCGGGCCCCCCCAGGCAGAGCGCCUCUUCCGCUGCCGCUUCACCACCUCGCGGGCCUCGCGCCGUCCCAGCGCCGGGCGGAAGCUGGUGCUGCUGCGGGGCCGGUUCCAGGCCCCUCCCGGCCCCCCCGGGUCCCACCCGGGACUUUUUGUCGCCUUCUGUGCCCCCCUGGACCCCCCACCCUGGCCCUGCCCCGACUGCCUGCUGCUGCCUGCGUUCCAGAGCCGCCACGCCCGCGACCUCGCCCUGCUCGACGUCUCCGAUAGCGUCCUGAUCCACCUGGGCUACGGGCGGGGGGAGCUCCUGGGUCGCUCCUGGUACCGGCUCCUGCACCCCGAGGACCUCGGCCACGUCGCCCGCCAGCACCUCCGCCUCGCAGGAGCAGGGGCGGAGGCGCGGGGGGAGCUGGUGACGCGGCUGCAGCGUAAGGACGGCCUGGGCUGGACGUGGGUCUACGCCCGGUUGCGCCCCGAAGGUCCGGCCCUGCUCGCCCACAACUUCGUCAUCAGGUGGGUGGAUCGAGGCGUCCGGGGGGCCACAGGGGACCCGGGCAUCCAGGAGGUCCCGCCAUCCCCAGGGGCACCCAAGUGUCCCAUCACCCCCCAAGGGAAGCCCAAUGUUUGGGCACCUUCCACCCCACGGGAGACCCCGGCGACCGGGGGCUCCCCACCCCACAUGGGACCCAUAGGUCUGGGCACCCUCCACUCCCCCGGGGGGACCCAGGCAUCCGGGCUCGCCCUGAGACCCCCCAUAACCCCCCCGUCUCUCCCACAGUGA